AUGAGAAGCAGGCCUUCUAUUCCCGGUGCUAAGAUUGAUAUACCAACGCUCCGUUCCAGGCACUUCUCAUAUGAGGAGAAGACCCGGGCAAGUGCUAAGACACCUGCAUCGCUGGGUAAGGGGGAGAGAAAGGAAAUGAGAAUUGACAAGCCUGGCUUCAAUCAAGCCAAAAUGGAUGUCAUGGCAGUGGGCCAGACAUCAGCAGCCAUCAAGGCUGAACGCCCAUUUUCACGAGCCGAAUUCAAGUAUCGCAUCACUUUCGCCGAAGUGUCCGUUUCAUUUCCUCUACCAGAACGCCAGCGGUCCGAAUUUCAACUUACCGCACCAGAACAUGCCAAGGUCAAUGCAAUCAGUCCAUGA